AUGCUCUGAAUGAUUGUGGUGCUUUUUAACAAUUAGGUCAACGUCGCAAAUUAGGAACAGUCUUGAGUGAAUUGUUUACAGACAUGGUCACAAAAAGUAAAUGGUCCAUAGGAUUGUUGCUUGUAAUUUGCAGUGGAGCCUUUGCUCAAAAAAACGUGGUGUGUUACUAUUCAUCAUGGGCGACGUAUAGACCCGGACGAGGUCAAUUCAAUGUGGAUAAUAUCGACCCAAAUUUGUGCUCGCACCUUGUGUACGCAUUUUUCGGUUUGCGUGAAGAUGGAACGGUUGCCGUAUUGGAUCCUUGGUUGGACCUGGAGGACAACGGGGGUCGUGGCAAUAUCCGACGUUUCAAUGAGUUGAAGAACGUCAAUCCGAAUUUGAAAACCCUGGCCGCUAUCGGAGGGUACACUCAAGGGUCUGAGGUAUUCUCAAGCGUAGCGGCUGACUCUGCUCUAAGGCGGAAUUUUGCGGAGGACGCAAGGGAUUUUUGUCUUUUACAUGGGUUUGAUGGAUUGGACGUAGGAUGGGAGUUUCCUGGACAGCGAGGAGGAGAUCCUGUGAAUGAUAGAGCGAACUUUGUAUUGAUGCUAGCGGAAAUGAAACAAGUGUUCUCAGCUAGUGAUUUGAUAUUAACAGGAGCGCUAGCGGCUGCACAAAAUAUAGCAGAAAUAUCUUACGAUAUACGCGCGGUUUCACAGCAUUUGGACUUCAUCAAUCUGAUGGCUUAUGAUUUCAAUGGAGGUUGGAAUCCCUUCACUGGUCAUAACUCUCCGUUGUACGUUGGACCUGCAGAUGGUACCGAUUUCCAAAGAACGUUGAAUGUGCAUCAUAGUGUGUCAUAUUGGCUUCAGCAAGGAGCUCCAGCUUCCAAGAUCAAUCUCGGUAUUCCGUUCUAUGGGAGGACGUUCACUUUGGAAAACAGAGCGAACUAUGAGCUAAGAGCUGGCGCUAGUGGACCUGGAGCUCCUGGGUUUUACACACAAGAAGAAGGAGCUUUAGCUUAUUUCGAACUAUGUGCCAUGUUUUCAAAUGCGAAUUGGGUUCGCCAUUGGGACAAUGAUCAAAAAAUCCCAUUUGGAGUAAUUGAAAAUCAAUGGGUGGGUUAUGAUGAUGUAGAAACGACUAACUACAAGUGCAACUAUAUCCAUGAACAAAAUUUGGCUGGUGGAAUGGUUUGGUCGAUCGAAAAGGACGAUUUUCAUGGAUACUGUGGACCAAAGUUCACCCUGUUGACAACACUCCGCAUUUGUCUACGUUAAUGCUGUUGAGUUCAUCUAACUUUACUUUGUACAAGAUUAUGGAAGAAUUAAACAAUCAAGAUGUUGUUAAUUUCUCAAUUCAA